GACCGAGAUUGAUCAACAGGCUUGCCUUUAAGUAAAGUCUUGAGCUCAAAGAAUCUGAUGGGAUGCCUAUCUUUAUAGUAAUGAACUGUACAAUAUGCCAGCAUCAUUUUGCAUCUGAUAUGUUCCUUGAGGACUACUCCUUCCGUUCGAACUAAAAAACCUCAUUUGUUAAGAUUAGAUUUUCUGAUCAUUGGAUUGAAGUGAAUGCUAACGCCGUUCGAAACUUUUCGACGCUGGAAAUGUUUCACACCGGCUCUGGAUGAGCUGCAUAAAUAAAUCAACAGAACACCGAAAUCCACCUUGAGCCAAAGGUCUAGAAAAGAAGAGCGGAUAAAUGCACUUUGGGCUAAAGAAGACUCAAAGGGGAGAAUUAGCAAACGCCCUUAUUUUUAUCGAGCAGAAUUUAAUUAGCUUUGAAGCAAAAUCUUUUAGAGCCAAAUAUUCUUGUGUGAAUACUUAACACUAAAGGCCAGAACCUGAGAAUCUUUGGCCUUUAAGCAACCUUUGCUCCAAGCUAUUCUGCAUUCUACUGUCCUCUUUAUGAAAUGAAUUUUGAAAAUGUAGUUCUUAUUUUCUUCUUCAUCCUCUUGAACCUGCAUGAAUUGCAAUCAUCUUGGAAUCAACCAUGCCAAAAACAAGAGCAGUCACACAUGCCGAUAUUGCACCAAGUCCUGGAAGUACGGAUUUGGGUAGCAACACAGCUGCCUUCCUCGUGGUUUUUACCAUAGCUUGUGGCCUAUUUUGCUUCAUUCUUUGCCUUAUAGCUGAAGCCACUCGUUCCCAGGUGACAUGGGUGAACUCUGAUAGUAAAGAAAUUGAUGACGAUUCUCAAUGUAUAUAUACUGGGAGUGGCAGGACACCAUUUUUGUGUUCUGCUAUUGCAUUUGUAGUACUGGCAGUUGCCAUGGUGGUGGAACAUAUGUACAUGUUAAUUGCAGUGAGCAAAGCACCGCCUCAGGCUCUAGUUGCUUGGGACGCUAAUUCUGCUUGUGCCAAGAGCAUCACAAGGCAGGCAGGAUUUUUCUUUGUUACAACCUGGAUAUGCUUUGCUGUUGGAGAAAUCUUGUUGUUAAUUGGGCUAGGUGUGGAAUCAGGGCAUCUGAAGAAUUGGUCCAGACCAAGGCCGAACUGCCUCAUCAUUAAAGAAGGCUUGUUCUCUGUUGCAGGAAUCUUUGCAUUGUUAACAGUCUUCUUUGCUUCUGGAUUAUACUUGACAGCAUUGCGUGCACAAAGAAUGUCCCAAGAGCACGAAAACACUCGGCGAGAAAUACUCGAGGCCUCUGCCCUCUACGCGUCUCCGCCAAGGUCACCUCAACAUCACAUGAUCACCGCCAUUGCCAGAGAAAAUCCAGUCGCCAGAGAGAAUCAGACUCAAGAACCAUCGUUCACAUAUCCACCAGCUUUCACCAAGCAGUUACACUUGGUGUAAAGCAAGAAAAGGAUAUGUAAGUUGGUGCUCUUGUCUGCUUAGCAAAGCCAUAGGCAGAAUUUAGAGGAUCUAUGGUGGCAAGUAAUCACGAGGAAAUGUAUACAUGUGCAUGCGGGAAAUUAUGAUUGGUAUGAUUCUGUAAA